GACAAAACGAAGCACGACAAAAAACUGAUUUCCAUUUCCAUGUUGUUGAUUAAAAAUGGCUACCGCCGCCGGUCUGCUUGGAGAAAAUCUCUACAAAAAUGUUAACGAUAGCAAAAUUCUUGUUGUUGGUGCUGGAGGAAUUGGUUGUGAAAUACUGAAAAAUCUAGUAUUAACCGGAUUUAAGAAUAUCUAUAUUAUUGACUUGGAUACAAUUGAUGUGAGCAAUUUGAAUCGUCAAUUCCUAUUUCACAAAAAGCAUGUUGGUAAAUCGAAGGCUAAAGUCGCUUUGGAAAGCGCACUACAAUUUAAUCCAAACGUAUCCAUAACUGCUUACCAUGAUAGUAUUAUCAGCGCCGAAUAUGAAGUGAACUUCUUCAAACAAUUCAACUUGGUACUGAACGCGCUAGACAAUCGCGUGGCCAGGAACCACGUGAACAGGCUGUGUCUGGCCUCUGGCACGCCAUUGGUGGAGAGCGGCACGGCCGGCUAUGAGGGCCAGGUCGAGCUAAUUGUCAAAGGAAAGACUAAGUGCUAUGAGUGCAGCCCUAAAGCUCCACAGAAAACGUUUCCUGGCUGCACAAUCAGGAACACGCCGUCCGAACCCAUCCACUGCAUCGUUUGGUCCAAAUAUUUGUUCAACCAGCUAUUUGGUGAAGAAGAUGGUGAUGAAGAGGUCUCACCGGAUACUGCUGAUCCAGAAGCCACUGCCAAUGCCGGCGCAAGCGCAAUGGAUUCCGAUGCAAAUGAGAAGGGAAACGUUGAUAGAACGUCUACGAGAAGUUGGGCUCAGUCAAAUGAUUAUGAUCCUAAGAAAGUUUUCACAAAACUUUUCCACGAUGACAUCAAGUACCUACUGAGUUUGAAAGACCUGUGGGAAGAACGUAGACAGCCCACUCCGCUCGAUUGGUCUUCUAUUCCGGAUUCAGAUGCAGAGAGCAGCUCAUCUGCAGCUAACAACGGUCAUUCAGCAGGCCAAGGUCUCAAGGAUCAACAAGUCUGGUCUUUGAAAGAGUGCGUCGACAUUUUCUCUGAAAGCUGUAGAAAUUUGAGUGCACAGUUCAAGUAUAAACGUAUUUUGUUUGCAGCAAUGGCGGGCAACAUAAUCCCAGCCAUAGCGACAACGAAUGCGAUAGUCGCUGGUCUGGUUGUGAUGUUCGCACUCAAGGUGCUCCAACAGCAACUGGAAAAAUGUCAGUGUGUGUAUGUUCGUAGCAAGCCCAAUCACAAGCUCCAGCAGAUUGUUGCUGAGAAGUACCUGAGCCCACCGAACCCAAAGUGUGCUGUAUGCUCUCCGAAACCGGAGGUUACCGUCCUUUUGGAUGUGAAUAAACUGACUGUUAAGGACUUAGUGGAGGAAGUGCUGAAGAAGAGUCUGAACAUGGUAGCACCUGAUGCAAUUCUCAUGCCAUCAGGAUCUAUCAUCAUUUCAAGUGAUGAAGAAGAAAUGGAUUCAUCUCGAUUGCAAUUAACAUUAUCGGCGUGUAAAAUAAUUGAUGGGUCCAUUUUGGAAGUAGAUGAUUUCCUUCAGAACUACAAUCUCACAGUCAAUAUCAAGCACAGGGAACCUGGAAGAGAUGAUCCACUUUUCGAAGUUGUUGCUGAUCCAGAUUUGCUUAAACCAACAGAAGAGGCAGAAUCGGACUGCAAAAAUGGAGGUGAAGCGAAAGAAUACGAAGACAGUGAUGACGAUCUCGUGAUGACUGUUGAUGAGGAGCAGCUGGUGAUUUCAGGAUCUUCGGCGGCAAAGCGCAAAGUCGACCAGGAUGUCAGUGUGCCUGUCAAAAAGAGACGAACAGGAAACUCGAGUGAGAUGCUCGCCUCAUCUGUGCAAGACGACGACGAUAUUGCCAUUGUUGAGUGAAUGAUUGGUGUUGUUCUUAAUCGAAGGUGUGUGCUGGCAAAGUGUCCGGAAGUCAAGUGUCUCACAAUUCCUGAUAUGUUAUGUUUUGAUAGCUUCUGGAUCUUGAUUGAGACAUUGUUAAAAUAUGGAAGUACGUAUUAUUUGUUUGAAAUGAUAUCCAGUCUCAUCGUAAGAUCACCUUUUAAAUCUUAUAAGUUACAAGUGAUGUAUUUUCUAAUUGUCAUAGGCAUUUUUUGUAUCGUAAUAAAUAUUUUAUCAUAAUA